AUGUUCAUUUUCGCCAUAGUGAUUGCGGUCUUUGGUGCCUUCAUUUUUUGGAGGAUCUUAUACGAUCCUCUGGCCGAUGUUCCCCGCGUUCCACUCGCGAAUAUCGCACCAGCCUGGCUUAUCUACACCUCAUCAAAAUCUCAGUGGCACCUUAGUACUAUACGCCUUCAUUCCACCCGUGGCCCCGUUGUACGGAUAGCUCCGCGGGAGUUGUCCUUUGCGACGAUCGAAGCGCACCAGGAUAUCUACGGCAAUAAAAGGAAAGGCCGAACCGCAGGCGACCGAUCGUUUCUUAGGCAUGUUAUCUCUCUACUUCUUGGUGACGUAAGCUUCAUUGCAAGUGCCCAAGGCCUCAAACAUCACAACCUGAGGCGCAACGCCAGCUUGGCUAUCGGAGAAACACUGCGACUCGAUGGUGAUGCUUUACGUCCUUUAUAUGUGCCAAAAACUUUAUUUGAUCAAGCGCAACGCAAUGGACAAAUGCUGAAUUUGUCUGGUCCGUUGAGUGAUGCGAUCUGGGCUGUUGUUUACACAUCGCAGGACACUGUCGCAGCUCGGAUGAUGCUGGAGGGCCGACGCGCACAGCGAGCAACAGAAGGGGAAUUGAUCAUCAACUUUGUCGGAUUGCUCACUGCAAGCUAUGAGACAUCAACGACGAACAUAUGCGCCCUAUUUCACUUCCUCCUUCAAACCCCAAAAGCAUACAAGCAGUUAGAGAACGAGAUUUGCGCCAACUUUACCCAUACCGACCAAAUGAGUGAUACAGAACUGGCCAAACUCCCCUUUCUUAACGCCUGCAUCAACGAGACUCUCCGACUGGUCGUCACACUCCAGCCUCGUUUCCUCGCCCGCACAUCUCCAGGCACGGUCAUCGACGGAAUAUAUGUACCAAAGGGCGUAAGUGGCUCGCACCCAUCCAUCGACAAAUAUUGGCUUAUGAUCAACAGGUCAGAGUAUCUGUGGACCGAAAUUACUUACACCGGUCCCCAUCAUACUGGUAUGAGCCUAAUUUAUUUCUUCCAGAAAGAUGGAUUCAAGGAAAUUGCGUAG